UGGGCGCGGUGGCCAGCUCCACCUGGCCAGUUCCCGAUAUAAGGGCUUCCUCCAGCCGGUGGUGGCCAGCUUCGGGGAAGAGGAUAACGGAUACCGACCCCACCUACAUCGAGAGUUCAAACUGGAGAAAUAGAAUAAUGGCAUCAAAUAGAAGACCUUGGGCAUCACGAAGUGAGUUGGACAAGAUGCUUGAAGAAAUGGAUGACAGGAGAAGGCGCUGGAAGGAGAAUACAUUUACUCCUUUUUCCAGUGCUCGGGAUGUUCUAAAUGAGGCUUUACAGCCUGAAUCUUCUGCUGAACCAAUGUCUUUAGGUAAGAGCAAGAGAAUGGAAGGAAUUUAUCAUUUGUCCGAGAGAAAGUUUCCAGAAGAUCCUAUAUUCAAAAGGAAAGACUUUAUUUACCAACCAAAUGAAAAAGAACAAGAACCAAAUUUAAGAGAAAGAAAGAUGAACAUUUUCAAGAACGAAGCAGAUGCAAACUCUGUCUCCUGUGAAUCAUCUAAUUUGGAUGUUGGAACUGAAGAAAGCUUUGAUAGCACAGAAGAUGAUUACAUGUGGAAUACAAAGGGAUUACCAAUUCCAAGGCGACAAGACAAGAAGAAAAAAUAUACUGAAGGAACGUAUCCAAAACUUAGCCUGAAUAUUAUGAAUGAAGAACUGGAAGAACUUAAUAUAAAAUGUAAAAAAAUACAAGAAGAAUAUGAAAAUGCUGAAAAAGAACUUGUGAAAGCCAAAAAGGAAGUCUCUGCAAAAUCCCUAAAUUUUCAGGAAACUUGGAAGAAACACCGGGAACUUCAAGCUUUAAGAAAUGACCUAUUUGAAAAAGCAACAAAUGUCAGAAAGUUAACCGAAGAGCUUCAGGAAGCUGAAGAAGUCAUCCACAAGUUGACCCUAGAGAACAAACAUUUAAAAGAAUCUGUGAGGGAGUUAAAGCAUCAGAGUGAGGUUGGAAAUGCACUCAUAAAAGAAGAAAUAAAAAUUUAUUAUGAACUAGAAAUGGAAAAGAUGCGCGGAGAGCUGGAUGCUCUCAAGGAGGAACUGAGAGUUGAGAAGACCCUGCAAGCAAGAAAUAACAGAGCCCUGGAGUUGCUGAGAAAACACUUCUCUACUGUAACAUCAAGUACCCUUGACAGCUUUACAGGGGAUGUUUUUUCACACUUGAAAAAUUAAAAGCCUUUAAUUAGGCAAA